AUGGCCGCCGUCAACGUGCUUGUAUCACCAGACCUUCUCGGCGGCAUCCUUGCCUACCAAGACGGGCUGUCAUUGGCACUGUUGGAGAUUUGUCGGCUUGCGGAAACCAUUCGACUCGUACCGAGCGGGCGCGUCGCCCACAAAUCGGUCCGAAGCGUUAUCACCAACGUUCCAGUCCGCUUUGCAAGCCUGCCGUACCUGUGUCUCUACCCACAGCCCACGACAACGCUCUCGACGGACGCCCUUUUUCUGUCGCCUUACGCCGCUGACCCGGCGCUGCCAUUGCACCUCUCCAUUGUCGAAGGCAACCUCUCGCACGUGCGUCAAUGGCUCGCGUCAACACCGCACUUGUGUACGUCGGCUACGCUUGAGCUCGCGGCCGCAGCGUCCCAAGGGUCCGUAUUGCAACUUUUGCUUCGCAGCUUUUCCCAUUUACUGACACCCAAGGUCAUGGACCUCGUGGCCAUGUCGGGCGAUCUACCCCUUGUUCAAUACCUCGACGCGCGCGGCGCCGCCUGCUCGACGGCAGCCAUGGACGGUGCGGCCAUGCACGGCCACCUCGACGUCGUUCGGUUCCUUCACGCUGCCCGAAAAGAAGGAUGCACAACGGCAGCAGCGACGGCAGCUCUGAUGCACGGCCACGCUGACGCGCUUCGUUUUCUUCUGGUGCACCGCACCGAGGGCGUGAACGCAGAUUUGACGUACUCGGCUCCGUUUCCCGGGCACGUCCGCACCCGUCGCGUGGUCGGUACCAAGUUCCUAGAGGCGCUUGAGCUGGCGUCAGCCAUCACGCCCAGCCGAACCGCCCAAGAGACAGGAUUGCAGCAUGCGGUCCGAAUCAAGUUGCACGUCUCCAAGCCGAUGCUGGACAUGGCGAUCGCGCGCCAAGAUGCGGCGAUGCUCCGCUUUGUGCUGGAUGCGCUCGACGAUGUGGCAUCACGGGACGAUGUGCCCGAGCGGGACCGCUGGACGACCUCGCUCGACCUCGCUGCGUAUUACGGUGACUUGGUCACGGUGCAGCACCUUAACAAACGGGGUAUUCCUGUGUCCGAGCGCGCCAUGGCCCACGCCAGCUACCGCGGGCACCUGCACGUGAUGCAGUGGCUAGCCAAGCAAAACGGCUCAAACGGGAGUCCGCGCAACGCGCUCGUUCUCGCGGCGGCCCAAGGACACUUGCAUGUCGUCCAAUGGCUCGUCGCGCAUGGAUAUGACCUCGACACGUGCGACGCUGCGCUGACGACGGCGGCUUACCGUGGCGAUGUGGCGCUGGCCACCUAUCUGGCACCGCUGGUCCCUCCGUCAGACGACAAGGACGUACCGCUCGAGUACGUCAACGCGUCGCUCCCGCCACACGACGACCGCCUCGACAAGCGCGGCGACUUUGUGACGGGGCGGGCCGCCGACGCCGCGGCCGCCCAAGGCCACCUGAACAUUAUUUGUGAGCUGCAAAAGUUUGGUCACCUUGUCUCGCGGCGUGCUCUGCUUUACGCGAUCGAGAACGGGCACUUGAGCGUGGUCGAGCACCUCACACAAAACGACGCGACGUAUCAAUGCGAUGUCAAGACCCUCGUUCGCGCCCUGCAGCGUGGCCAUCGAAGCAUCGUCACGUUUCUCGUGAGCGAGAGGAGCUCUGUCUUUGCGCUGCCUCCGACGGAAGAAGACGUGUACCGCUUGUACAUUGCGGCGGCGUCCACGGGCGACCUGGCGCUGCUGCGGUUGAUUGGCGACACGUACGGUCGACCGCUGACGUCGACGCUUCCGUUGCGCGUGCAAGAACGCAUGCUUCUGAGCGCAGCGACAAAUGGACACCUCGAUGCGGUCCAGUUGCUUCACGAGAUGCUUGGGUUCGUGGCCGUCGGCAGCAUUCGUGCGGUUGCGACUCGCUUGGGCUACCAGGCGAUGCGCCGGUACACCUUGCUGCGACACGACCCUAAAAGCUAA